AUGAGGUUCAAAGCAUUCUGUUUCGGACUGUUUUGUAUUCUCUUUGCCCUUUAUAUUUAUACACCCAUCCCAGACAACAUUGAAGAAAGGUGGAAAGUAAUGACCAUGGAUGCAGGUGCUAGAAUUUGUGUCUUUGUGGCUUUGUUUCUUGAAAAUAUAGGUAUUAUGAGAUUUGAAGAAUUUAUUUCCAUGUUGUACACACUGGACUAUACCCAACCACUUUCCGAUGAACAUCUUACAGUGACCGAUAUCACAUUUAUUGACAUUCCAGUACGCUUGUACUUGCCUAAAAGGAAGUCAGAAACACUGAGACGAGCUGUAAUUUAUUUUCAUGGUGGUGCCUUUUGUUUUGGAAGUUUCAAGUUGACUGCUUAUGACCUUCUGAAUAGAUGGACAUCAAACAGACUUGAUGCUGUUGUUGUGGCAGUGGACUAUAGACUAGCUCCCCAACACCACUUUCCUGCUCAAUUGGAAGAUGGCAUGGCUGCAGUCAAGUUUUUUCUUCAGGAUAAAAUUCUUAGAAAGUAUGGAGUGGAUCCCAACCGAAUCUGUAUUUCAGGAGACAGUUCUGGAGCUACUUUAACAGCAGCAAUAAGUCAAGAGGUGCAGAAUGAUCCUGAGAUUAAACGUAAAAUCAAGGCACAAGCUUUACUUUACCCUGCCUUACAAGCAAUUGAUUCAUAUGUGCCGUCUCACAGAGAAAAUGAGCAUGGUAUACUUUUGACACGGGACACAUGCAUAAAACUUGUGAGUCUUUAUUUUACCAAGGAUGAAGUGCUUCCUCAAGCAAUGAAAAGAAACCAAUACAUGCCUUUGGAAUCAAAGCAUCUGUUCAAGUUUGUUAACUGGAGUAUCCUACUACCUGAGAAGUAUAGAAAAGACCAUGUUUAUACCGAACCAAUUCUUGGCAGAACUAGUUAUUCAUUACCAGGACUAAUGGAUAAUAGAGCAUCACCCUUGUUGGCUAAAGAUUCACAGUUACAGGAUUUGCCAUCAACUUACAUUCUUACCUGUCAGUAUGAUAUCCUAAGAGAUGAUGGACUUAUGUAUGUCACACGACUUCAAAAUGUUGGAGUUCAAGUUUUUCAUGACCACAUAGAGAAUGGAAUACAUGGAGCUUUAUCAUUCAUAUCACCACCAUUUUAUUUACAUGUAGGUUUUAAGAUAAGAGAUAAGUAUAUUAGUUGGCUGGAUAAGAAUUUAUAA